AUGGCUUUUAAAUUAAAAAAAUUCAAUUUGACACAAGAAGUAUCAGUUCAUUUAGUAUCGGAAAAAACUAUUCCUGUCAAAUUGAAAUUUGAUGAUAAUUUAUUAGAAAUUCGUAAACAACUCUCAAGUAAAAAUGAAAUUAUAAUGGAUGAUGGAGUAUUUUUUGGAGGCAAAGAUGGUCGUCUUAUUUCAUACGAAAGUGAAUCUACGUUGAAUCUAAGGGAUAUAGUUAUCAAAGAGGAUUCGGAGAAAACUUAUCAUCUAUAUUUAAAAAGUUCGAAUGAAUCACAUACCAUCACGAUAAAUUUAAUUUUGGGGAAUAAUGUUUCGGUCAAAGUUGAUAGUUUAUUUGAAAUUCGCAAAGAACUCGUAAAUCAAAAUGAAAUUAAAAUGGAUGAAAAACUAUUUUUUUUAGGUGUAGAUGGUAUUAAAGAUGAAUCCACUUUCAAUAUAGGAGAUUUCGUUAGCAAAGAAGGUCCGGAGAAAACUUAUAAUCUAUAUAUUUGGAAAUUGAAAUUAGGUUAUGGAUAUUCGGGACGUGAUAUGACUUCUUCGAUAACGAAAAAGAGAUCAUUUACGAUGAAGUUUUACCCGGACAACUGCAAAGAUGUAAUAUUUUGUAAAUUAUUAGAAACUAAUUCAUCAAAUGAUUUCUGUUUAGAAUACCAAAAUUAUUUAGAACCAACUGAAGAAUUCAUUAACGAUGUGAAGAAUGUAGAAAAUUCUAAACAAGUUGGAGAAAUUAUUGAAAACUUUGGUCUAUUUAUCCCGACAAAGAUUAUUAUAAGAGGAAGGAUUGGAAGGAUUUCAAAAUUAUAUCAAAAUUUUAUUAAUACUUUUGAACUUUUAACCAAUAUCCCAACAUAUACAAAUUUACGCGAAGUAAUAUUUUCUUCUAUUGGGAAAAGAAAAAUUUAUUCGGGUAUUGAAACUUGUGAGUUUACAUUAAGUAAAAGUAGAAAUCCACUUAUUGGCAAAUUUAAAGAAAUACCAACAAAUAUUUUGAAAUAUAUGGAAAAUGAAAAGGCAGAUUUUAGUAUUUUUGCAACGAUUCGUGAUGAAAAGGAUAUGAGAAAUGAUUUCUUUAACUGCCAGAUCGUUUUUGCUCAGGAUCAAAUUCCAAAUUAUAUUGUCUAUUGUUAUCAAGAAGUUAUUAAACCAUAUCAAUGUGUAUUACAAAUCAAAUAUAUGAUUAUUGGAAAUUAUACAGAAUUUAAUUCUAUAAAAUAUGAUGAAUUAAAUUCUGAUAUUCGAUUAGAAGUUAAAAAGAAAAUUUUUAAUCAAACUGACAUCCCUAAAUUUUAUAAGUGUUCGUUGGAAAUUGAAUCAAAUUCUUCAGAAAACUUUAUUGGAAUUCCUGUGUUAAAAUUAAAAAAUUUAAAUGAAAAUAAUGAAAAUAUUAUUAUUGGACAUCAUUUUUAUACUGGUCCAGAUAAUAUUGUUGGG